AACCUCCUCUCGGAACGAAACACAAAGCCAAAGCUGCAGCCACACAAACCAUGAAUCACAAACUCCGCCACCAAUGUAGACACGUACUCUCCGAACUCACCAUAUGAACUCAACCACCCCUACGUGUUCUCUAUUGCCCCCACUCCCUUCACCCUUUUCUUCAUCUUUUUCUUCUCAAGAGCUUGGACUGCAGGGCGCUAGCUCAACCAAAUUUGCAACAACAACAACAACAUCGUCUCUCAAUCAGACUCUAUCGCUAACUCGAUCGUAUUACUACAAUGGCAACUGACCGAGAUCUUGAGGGCUACGAACCAAAUUCCUCGAUACUCUCGGUUUCUGAGGCGAGGAUGGAGGAUUCUGGGAGUCAGAUUGAGCCCACUGAACCGAGAGUACUAGAGAUCACUACUACCGCCACUACGACUACAAAUGAAGUUGUUGUGCCCUCUGUGCAAAACCUGCCGAUUUUCGAGGAGAAUUCAGCGCGAAAGAGGUCUAACCAAGAUCGCAGAGCAGCUGCUAGUCCUCCUCCUCCUAUGAUUACCACCGAUCGAGAUCUUGAGCGUGAGGAGCAAAAUCUCUCGAUUAAUUCUGGGGAUGUUACAGGGAGAGAGAGGCUGAGGCGGCACAGGGCGGAGAUGGCGGGAAAAGUUAGGAUACCUGAGAUAUGGGGGCAGGAGAGGUUGUUGAAGGAUUGGGUCGACUGCUCGGCUAUCGACAGAUGUCUUGUGCCUAAAGGCGUGGUUUCGGCGCGCAAGGCGCUGGUGGAGGAGUGUCGGAGGGCGAAUUCGGCUGGAUUGAGGAUUGAGAACUGGUGCUAAGACAUUGAGGUCGCGUUUUGUGUCUGUUUAAUUUGAUGUAUAAAUGUAAGGAUAUUAAUGUAUGGUGCUUCGAAAUGAAGUUUGAUGUGGAUAAUUAUAAGAUGGUUAUAUAUGUGCUUAAUCUGAAGAGGACAGGCCAGGUGGGUUCUUGAUAGAUUUGGUUGUCAUCUUGGUACGAGUUCCUUGUGAUUGUGCGUGCAUUUGGGUGUGGGAACUAGUUUGAUGUUCGAGCAUAUAUAGUAGCUUGUUCAUUUCAAUGUAAAAACAAGUUGGUGCUGUUAGGAGUGCAUGUGUUGCGUACUACAUUGAAGCCCUUCACUGGAUCGAUGUGAC